GUUCAAAGGAGGACGGCGACUGUAGAGCCUUGAUUCGCUCUCCUUCUCCCUAUAUAUACCCAUCUUAUGUUCUUCUCGGUCGCGCCGUGAGAUUGGAGGGCAGAGAUGGGCGACGAGACCCGGAGCAAGUUCAAGCGGAUUUGCGUCUUCUGCGGCAGCAACUCUGGCAACCGAACAGUCUUCAGCGAUGCAGCUCUUGAUCUGGGUCGCGAACUGGUAUGCCCUCGGUGGUCCUUGCCGUCAAAGAAAUCGAAUUUUGAGGGCUUGUCUUCGUUAAAGGUGAGGAGAAGGAUCGAUUUAGUUUAUGGUGGUGGGAGUGUGGGAUUGAUGGGUCUGAUUUCACGGGCAGUUUAUGAUGGAGGUUGCCAUGUUCUUGGGGUUAUUCCUCAAGCUCUCAUGCCCCUUGAGAUAUCUGGAGAGACUGUGGGGCAAGUAAAAAUUGUUUCAGACAUGCAUGAGCGAAAAGCUUUAAUGGCUCAACAAGCUGAUGCAUUUAUCGCACUUCCCGACAUUGUAGGAGGGUAUGGAACAAUGGAGGAGGUGAUGGAGAUGACAACAUGGUCACAACUUGGAAUUCAUGACAAACCAGUUGGCCUAUUAAAUGUUGAUGGCUAUUACAACUCCUUGCUUGAACUAUUUGAUAAUGGCGUGCAAGAAGGCUUUAUAAAGCCAGCUUGUAGACAUAUAGUGCUUUCUGCUUCAACUGCAGAUGAAUUGCUUACAAAAAUGGAGCUAUAUACUCCUUUGCACAAAGAAGUUGCUCCGCGACAGAACUGGGAGAUUUCCCAUCUAGGUUACUCCAAGGCUCCAAGCUCACCAUGAAGAACUGAUUCAUGUGAUUCUUUGCUUGACAGUUUGUGCCUGAGAAGCCUCUGGCUGUAAGAGCUGUUCACUGAAGAACUGCUCUCACUUUGACUUUCCAAUAAAAGUAUUGGUGCUCAUAAUUGUGAAUC